CAGAGAGGUCAUCAGCUCAUCACACACUAACCGAGCAGACGAUGAUAUAUACAAAGCUUGCCUUUGCUCGAAAAAGUUCAUGAAUUCCGUGCUUGAUAUCCCUGCUAGCUACUCGCAGUUCUAUGUAGACCAGCUGGCUGCCCUGCAGACUCUAUAAAAGGCAGCCACCCCCUCUACUCCCAAACCAUCACUCGUCACUACUAGCUCAUCGAUCCAUCUUCACGUCCAUCAUCCACAUCCACUGCUACCAACAACGCAGCUGAGAGAGAGAGAGAGAGAGAGAUCAGAGAGAGAGAGAGAGAGAGAGAGAGAUUGCUUGCAUUGGAUAGAACAUAGCCAUUGGAAAAGCUAGCCAAGCCAAGCUACUCAAAGCAAAGCAAAUUAAGGCAACGAAGUUUUAACUGAAAAAUGGAGCGCGUGAUGAAGAUCGCAUCGGAGCGUGCGGUGGUGGUGUUCACGCUGAGCAGCUGCUGCAUGUGCCACACGGUGACGCAGCUCAUGGCGGACCAGCUGAGCGUGAACGCGCUGGUGCACGAGCUGGACAGCGACCCCAGGGGCAAGGACAUGGAGCGCGCCCUGCUCAAGAUGCUCGGCGGGAGAGGCCCCGCCGUGCCCGCCGUCUUCAUCGGCGGCAAGCUCGUCGGCGGCACCAACAGGGUCAUGUCGCUCCACCUCGCCGGCGAGCUCGUGCCCAUGCUCAAGAGCGCCGGCGCGCUCUGGUUGUAGAGACACACCUGCAUGCUGACUGCUGAUGCAUGCCUGCAUGCAUGCGCGCGCGGGAAUAAUGAAUAAUAAAGAGACUAAGGUUAGUACUUAGUAGUGUGUGUGUGUACGUGUCAAGGGCAGGUUUUUUCCCGUCCUGUUCUUCUGAGUUCUGACAGGAAUAACAAAUAAGGCAAACGGGCUUUGCUAGCUUCAUGCAUGCAUAUGCCUUGUAUAGGAGCUAGCUAGUGAGCGAGAGAGAUGGAGGCCUAGCUAUAUGUUGUUUCUUCUUUCUUCUUUUUUGAUGUUUCUGAAUAACUUUGCAAUGGAGGUGCGUGCGUGUACUGAUCCAUGCAUGCAUCGCCCUUUUUCCACGGGCUUAUAUGAAUAUCAAUAUAAGUAUAUGUAUAUCAGAGUUUAUAAGUAACCAGUAUGUUCGAUGA